AAAAGAAAACCUAAAAAGAGAAUAGGAUAAUGGCUACGGACAAUGCCCCCGACAAUGCCCUAGUUAUUGGCGACAUCACGACAACGAUUUCGACAUCCCCCUCGCUCUUGCAUCCAGCAGAAGGUCAAAACUUCAACUCCACGACCCCCGAUGUCGAUCUCCCUUUCAUCGAGCUCUUCGACAUCUACUUCUUUCUACCAAUCGCCGUAAUCGGAAUACCAUGCAACGUAAUUGUUAUCUGGUUCAUUGCCUUCGUUCCUUCCCUACGGACCGUCAUCAACCAACUCAAAGCCAAUCUUGCCCUGGCCGACGUCAUCUACCUCACCGUCAACCCACUCGUCAACGCUCUGGUGGUCAAUGAACUCAGCUGGUGGCAAUGCCAGAUUAUCAGUUACAUGCAGUAUAUUGCCCAACAAGCGACCUGCUGUCUGCUUCUUGUGAUGACGAUAAUAAGGUACGACGCCACGAUACACCCACUGACGUCAGAGGCAAGGUGUACAGGGGCAAGGAGGAUCGUUGCAAUCGUAGUGGCCUGGACGGUGUCGAUCGUACUGAUGAUACCCAGCGUAUUCUUCACCGAAUGUGAUGAGAGUGUCUCGGUUGGCCACAUCAUCACCUACAGCUAUGUCACGAUGGUCAUCUUCGUCAUUCCAAUGUUUGUCCAUGCCUAUUGCCACGUCCGCAUUCUACGGGACUUCUCCCGCAGCGACCGGGAGCGCAAGAAAAGCGAAGGCAGCAUCCGACGAGCAAAUCGGCAAGGCCCUGGCCAGCGACAUCGCGACAAACGAUCCCUGACACGACAGGUUGUCGUCAUCGUGCUCGUCUUCUUCGUCUGCCGCGCUCCGCUCGAGGUCUUUCUCCUCUGGAAGGUCAACAUGAUGUACAGACUCGGGGAAGCGUUCGUCCUCGGGCGGACUGCGUCAAUCGUGCAUCUCGCGUGCAAAACUUUGGCGUACUUCACGGGCGUCAUCAAUCCAUUCUUGUACGCCUUCUGCAGUCCGAGUUUUAAGUCGGUCUUCCGGGAGAUGCUUCCUAAAACGUGGAGAAGGGACAGCGCUGAUUCCUCAACGCACAUCCUACCAAGGCGUGAGAGCAGGAACCGCAGGAAUUCAUAUACCAACGAAGAAGAUUCACGAAGGCAGAGCCAGUACGAGAAUGAACGUUGAGAUGCCCCUUUUCUGCUCAACAUUUGGUUGACAGCUAUAUCGUUACAUUUGAAAGAAUAAAUAAAGGCAAAAACGAUCUAAAGUGAGGAUGAUGCUGGAUGAGGAGAAAGAAAAGACAAAAACCAGAAGAAAGUGAAACUUAGAAACUGAACAAAAAAGAAAGGUUAAUAUAAAAGAAGGGGGAAUUGAGAGAAUGAGAGGGAGAGGGAAGGGGAAGAAAUCAAAGAAAUGAAGACAGAAUAACCAAGACGAUGUAGACGAGCUUUGAGAUUUUCAUUAGUCACUAUAUUUCAUUUGUGUAAUACUACCUCAGUUAUAUAUUGGUUUUGUUUUAGAUUUACAUUUAUAUGUUGAUGACUGAAGCUCAUAUUCUGCAGCCCAACUCCCAUCUUUUUAUUGUAAAUAGAAUUGCAAGAAGGCCUACCUGUAUAUUUCCAGGAUUUUAGAAACAAUGCGUCUUUGAUUUGGAGUCUCAAAUGAAGCCCUAUUGCAACAGAGUUCAUGAGUAAAUGGAUUGUAUCAAAAUGAUCCUGAAAAAUCAGAGCCUCAUAGCCCUCAUUCAUAUUGUCUUGAAAUUGAAAAUUGAUUGGAUAACACAAGUUUAUUUUUCUUACAUUCGAUUCUCAUUCAUAAAUUGUAAUGGAAACAAGAUAUUGAUGGAAUAUGAAAUAAAACCUUAUUUAAAACGUUGACUUCUCUGUUGGUUUCAAUCAAUAAACUGUUAAAUACUCCUAACAUUUCACAAAAUCUCAACUUGUGCUUCUUUUGGAUUAACUGCAUAAAGUAAUCGUUUGAACACGGUGGGAGGGA